GCUACUCUUUCUGGAACAAAAUUUCUGGCAAGAGUGGCCAUUUCCAGGCUUAAAGGUUGCGUUGCAGAAAACCCCCCGCAGCCUGGGAAAGGAUAUGAAAGAGCCAUAAAGUGAAUUCUGUUAAACUUCCCAAAGGUGGUUCUUUAACAGGGCCCACUCAUCAGAGAAGAAAAUGAGUGGCUAACACAUAUCCAGGGGGCAGGAAGACUCUGGACAACUGGGCCAGGAUGAAACUUAAAACAACUUUUCCCUUCUGCUUCCUAUGACUUGGAUUUCCUUGAACUCAGCGUCUGGGGAGCCAAGUGUGGGGCCGUCCAGGCAAGAUGGAUGCUACAAGGAUACUGGGCACAGUGUGAAGUGGGCGACGGGAACCAGAAUAAAAAUCUCUUAUGUGAUGGUGGUCACAGUUCUGCUGUGGGUGCAAGGACAUGGAAGAUGUUCGGUGGUCUUCAGCCUGAGUGGUGUGGUGGGGGAGGGGAGAGGAAAGAGGACAAGGACAGGGGAAGUUCCAGAACCUGAGAGCACAAUCCUGAGCGUGAUCUCACUGCGGGCCUAGGAUUCUGGAACUUGGACUGCCGGAUGGGUCCUAUUUGAAAGAUGUAGUAGGGAAAAGGAGCGACAGCUGGCUGAAGGGGCCCCCCACAACCCUCCCCGACACCCUUGGAGAGCAGCCUCUCUCCACUGAUCCCAGGGUGCCAUGGAGAUGGAGAGCACGGCAGCCUCCACACGUUUCCACCAGCCUCACAUGGAGAGGAAGAUGAGUGCGAUGACCUGUGAGAUAUUCAAUGAGCUGAGGCUAGAGGGCAAGCUCUGCGACGUGGUCAUCAAGAGCUUUGUUUACAAGUGGCUGGAACAACACUGAAAAGAAGGUAUACAACAUUCCUGGCAUUUCUCCCGACAUGAUGAAGCUAAUUAUUGAAUAUGCAUACACCCGGACCGUCCCUAUCACACCGGACAACGUGGAGAAGCUGCUGGCUGCUGCUGACCAAUUUAACAUCAUGGGUAUCGUCAGGGGUUGCUGUGAGUUCCUCAAGUCGGAGCUGUGUUUGGAUAAUUGUAUUGGUAUCUGCAAGUUCACAGACUACUACUAUUGCCCUGAGCUGAGGCAGAAGGCCUACAUGUUCAUACUGCACAACUUCGAGGAGAUGGUGAAAGUCUCAGCAGAAUUCUUAGAGCUCUCAGUCACUGAACUUAAGGAUAUCAUUGAGAAAGAUGAGCUCAACGUCAAACAGGAAGAUGCUGUAUUUGAGGCCAUUUUAAAGUGGAUUUCUCAUGACCCCCAAAAUAGGAAGCAGCAUAUUUCAGUUUUGCUUCCCAAGGUUCGCCUGGCUCUAAUGCAUGCUGAGUACUUCAUGAACAAUGUUAAGAUGAACGACUAUGUGAAAGACAGUGAGGAAUGCAAGCCAGUCAUCAUUAACGCCCUAAAGGCCAUGUAUGACCUAAACAUGAAUGGACCCUCUAAUUCUGACUUCACCAACCCACUCACCAGGCCCCGCCUGCCCUAUGCCAUCCUAUUUGCAAUUGGUGGCUGGAGUGGUGGGAGCCCCACCAAUGCCAUUGAGGCAUAUGAUGCUCGGGCAGACAGAUGGGUGAAUGUCACUUGUGAGGAAGAGAGUCCCCGUGCCUAUCACGGAGCAGCCUAUUUGAAAGGCUAUGUUUAUAUCAUUGGGGGGUUCGAUAGCGUAGACUACUUCAAUAGCGUUAAGCGUUUUGACCCAGUCAAGAAAACUUGGCACCAGGUAGCUCCGAUGCACUCUAGACGCUGCUAUGUCAGUGUGACUGUCCUCAGCAAUUUUAUUUAUGCCAUGGGAGGAUUUGAUGGCUAUGUGCGCCUCAAUACUGCUGAACGUUACGAGCCAGAGACCAAUCAAUGGACACUCAUUGCCCCCAUGCACGAACAGAGGAGUGACGCAAGUGCCACGACACUGUAUGGAAAGGUCUACAUAUGUGGUGGGUUUAAUGGGAACGAAUGCCUGUUUACAGCAGAAGUGUACAACACCGAGAGUAAUCAGUGGACAGUCAUAGCACCUAUGAGAAGCCGGAGGAGUGGAAUAGGUGUAAUUGCUUAUGGAGAACACGUAUAUGCUGUAGGCGGUUUUGAUGGAGCGAAUCGACUCAGAAGCGCAGAAGCCUACAGCCCAGUGGCUAAUACUUGGCGCACGAUCCCUACUAUGUUUAAUCCUCGUAGCAAUUUUGGCAUUGAGGUGGUGGACGACCUCCUGUUUGUGGUGGGUGGCUUUAAUGGCUUUACUACCACCUUUAAUGUUGAGUGCUAUGACGAGAAGACUGAUGAGUGGUACGAUGCUCAUGACAUGAGCAUAUACCGCAGUGCUCUGAGCUGCUGUGUGGUACCAGGGCUGGCCAAUGUUGGGGAAUAUGCAGCUAGACGGGACAACUUUACAGGAUUAGCACUGCGAGAUGAAGUAAAGUAUUCCGCUUCGACAAGUACCCUACCUGUAUGAGCCUCUUCAUUUAGCUAAUAAAAAGUCCAAGCAGUAAGAAUUAAUUCUUUUUUUAAAUAAAUACAGUGUUUAAACUUGUAAGAGUACUGGAAAAUGUUCAACUUAAGGGAGCCA